AAACACACACACAAACACACAUACACACACACACACACACACACACAAACAUUACUAUCUAUGUACACUCAAAGUUCUCUUUUUCUCAUUUUUACAUUCAACUAAUUAUAUGUAUUUCCUAUCUUUACACUAUCGCUAUUUAAACUGAUUAAAAUAAUCGAAAUUUUAUGUGGCCUCGAUAAAUUAUAUCUCUAUAGAAAUUUUAUGAUUAUGUAUCUAUACGUCACGAUUGAUAUUGUCGAGAACAUUAUGAAAAAUUUAUGAAAACAUUUGAAAUUUUAUUAUUGCUAAGAGAUACCGACUAUACGCGAUAUUUGAUAGUUUUCCAAUUCAUAUGUCGCGAUUCAAAUUAACAAGACCAUUGUGUGUUAUAAGAGAAAAUUAAUGAAAAAGUAUUAAAUAAAAAAAGUAAAUAUAAUGUUCACGAUCUUAUUGGGUUUUAUUUCAUUUUUAAUCUUAUUACACUAUUUUAUAAAAUUCCGAAGAAUAGGAAGACUUCUUGAACUAAUUCCAGGACCAGAAUCAAUUCCGAUAAUAGGAAAUGUGCCAAGAUAUCGAUUAGACAAUGACGAUGCUUUUGAUAAAACUGUAAAAAAUGAUAGAAAAUAUUAUCCGAUCUAUAAAAUAUGGUCCUUCUUUUUUGCGUUAGUAAUUCUACUUAAUCCGAAGGAUGUUGAAAAACUAAUGAGAAGUACCAAACAUAUAGGAAAAGGUACUGGUUAUAGAUUCCUAAAACCUUGGCUCUCUGAUGGAUUGCUAAUAACCACUGGUAACAAGUGGCAAGAACGGCGAAAAAUUUUAACGCCUGCCUUUCAUUUUAAUAUCCUUAAACAUUUUGUUGUGACCUUCAACGAGGAGGCAAAGUAUCUUGUAAGCAUACUCAAUGAAGAAACUAAAGAUGGACCAAUAAUUAAAGAUCUCAUGUCAUUUAUUACCGAGCACUCUUUAAACGCUAUAUGCGAAACUGCAAUGGGUACAUCUUUAAAGGAUAAAAGUGAAUUACAGAGUAAAUAUCGCGAAGCUGUACACGCUUUUGGCAAAAUCGUACCAUACAGAUUGGGGAGACCAUGGUAUCAUUCAGAUUUUAUAUUUUCAUUUUCAUCGCUUGGACGAAAGCAGAAUGAACUUUUAAAAACGUUGCACAAAUUUUCAUCAACCAUAAUUGCAGAAAGGAAACGUUUUCAUCAAGAGACCAACGGGAAAUAUUUACAAAAUUUCGACAAAAUGCAUGAGGACGACGUAUUCACCAACGGAACCAACGAUAUUAACCAGAAUACGUUGAUCAAGAAAAGACUUGCUAUGUUAGACCUUCUGAUAGCCGCAUCGAUGAACGAUAAUGAAAUCGAUGAUAAAGGAAUUCAAGAAGAAGUCGAUAAUUUUAUGUUUGCCGGUCAUGACACUACAGCAACGACAUUAUGUUUUGCUUUGUUCCAUAUUGCAAAGUACAAAUCAAUACAGGAACGUAUAAGAAACGAAAUAAAAGCCGUCAUGCAAGAAAACAAUUGCAAUCUCACGAUGUCAAUGCUUAAUGAAUUUUUAUUCACGGAAAGAUGCAUAAAAGAAUCACUACGUUUGUAUCCCACCGUUCCUUUUAUAUCACGUUACUUGACAGAGGAUUUGCAGUUGGAUAAUUAUUUAGUCCCAGCUGGUGUUAAUUGCCGUGUAAGCAUCUACCAUUUACACAGAAAUCCAGAAUACUGGCCAAAUCCAAAUGUUUUCGAUCCCGAUAGAUUUUUACCAGAAAACAUGAAAGGACGUAAUCCAUAUUCGUACAUACCAUUUAGCGCAGGGUUACGCAAUUGUAUCGGUCAAAAAUUCGCUAUGCUCGAAAUGAAAUUAAUGAUAGCUUACAUAUUACACAACUAUCAUUUGGAACCAGUCGACGAAUUAGAUGAUAUUAAAAUUACAGGAAAUAUUAUUUUACGUACUUCUAAACCUCUUCGAGUCAAAUUUAUACCAAUAAAACAAUAACGAUGAAAUCUAUUAUUUCGCUUUAUAAUUUUCCAAUUUAAAUGAAAUAAAUCGCAAUUAUAAUGUGACUUAUAUUUUCUAUAAUUUCUGUAUAUCCUUAAAAACGAUUUUUCGUGAAAACUUUUAAUAGUUUAUACUAAACAUUUUGUAUUAUAUAAUUUUUGGUACAAAUCAUACGACAAUAUAAAUUAUUGAAUCGAUUCGUUUAUGAAAAUGAAAUAUUAUAAGAAUUAUAUUAUAUUCAUUAAUACGAAAUAGGCAUUGAUAUAUGAUCGCUAAUUGAUUCUACGAACUUGGCUAUUAAUAAAAAUCUCCAAACGCAA